AUGGCGAGCUCAAAAGGUCGCCCGGAAACGGCCGUCAGCAAGGCGACGAGCAGCAGCGAAACAGGCGGCGGUGCUGUCCCCCCGGAUCGUACGCCACGCUCCACCCCUUGGGCCCCGCACCAUACCCCCUUCUCCCGCAUCCUCUCCGCCCACUAUCCCGGGGAUGGCACUCCCUCCUCCCCCUACCUGAUCGGCUGGCUGGACAACGACGCAGAGAAUCCGCAGACCCUCGCCAAGAGCCGCAAAGUCUUCCUCACCGGAUUCGUCAGCAUAGCCACGUUGGCCGUCGCGCUCGCCUCGUCAGCUUACAGUGGGGCCAUCGAUUCGAUCAGGGCUGAUCUUGGUGGAAGUCAAGAGGUUCUCGUGCUGGGAGUGUCCAUCUUUGUGCUGGGCUUCGCGGUGGGACCACUCUUGUUCGCGCCGUUGAGCGAGUUCUGUGGGAGGCGUACCGUCUUCAUUGGAACGUACUCGGCCAUGACCCUCUGGCAGGCCGUCUCGCCCGCCGCGCCUAACUUGGGGGGACUGAUCGCCUUUAGGUUCUUGGCGGGCGCCUUUGGGUCGAGCGCGCUCACGAACUCGGGGGGGACCAUCGCCGACGUCUGGGAUGCGAAUACGCGAGGUUUGGCUAUGGCCCUCUUCGCUGCGGCGCCCUUCCUAGGACCCACGCUCGGUCCCAUCACUGGCGGCUUCUUAGGCGAAUCGGCUGGCUGGCAAUGGGUCGAGGGCUUCCUCGCCAUCUUCUCGGGUGUCAUCGCCAUCGCGGGCAUGCUCUUCCUCUCCGAGACGUAUGCACCCUACCUCCUGCGUGAGCGGGCGAAACUCCUCCAAGCCGCGACGGGCAAGCACUACAUUAGCGCUCUGGACGAGGGUAAGGACAUCAGCCUCAAGACGCAGUUCAAGGUGGCGCUGGCACGGCCAUGGCAGCUGCUGGCAAGAGAGCCCAUCGUUGUGGUCCUGUCCCUCUACAUCGCUGUCAUCUACGCCACGCUCUACUCCUUCUUCUCCGCUUUCCCCCUCGAGUUCCAAGUACUGCGCGGCUGGUCCCCCGGGAUCGGCGGGCUAGCCUUCCUCGGCAUCCUGGUGGGCAUGCUCCUCUCCCUCGUGUACGUAGUCGCCUACGAGAACCCGCGAUACGUCCGCAAGAGCGACGCGUUGGGGGGCUCCACCCCUCCGCCGGAGGAGCGCCUCCCCGCCGCAAUGGUGGGCUCCGUCCUCGUCGUUGUGGGGCUGGCCGUCUUUACCGGUACCAACGGACCAGACGUCUUCUGGCUGGCGCCCAUCAUUGCCAGCGCCCCCUUUGGUGCGGGGAUGGUCUUGCUCUUCUUGGGGAUUCAGAACUAUCUCGUCGACUCGUACCUCGUUUACAGCGCGUCCGUCCUAGCGGCGAACAGCUUGAUUCGAUCCGUACUCGGCGCGGUAUUCCCGCUCAUCACCGACUACAUGUACAACCCGGUCAAUUGCCCCCUUGCGACGUGCGGGAUCAAGGUCGGGGCAGGGAUCAGCCUUGCGCUGGCUUUCGUCUGCCUGCCGGCGCCCUUUGUGCUCUACAGGAAGGGGGCGGGGAUCAGGCGCAAGUGCAAGUACGCGGCGGAGGCGGCUAGGAUCUUUGAUCAGAUGAACAAGAAGGAGUCGCAGCGUGAGACCGAGGGGGAGGGCCACGGAGGCGAGGGCGAUGUUGAGAAGAGCGGGGAGCGAGUGCGUGAGGCUGAGCGUGAGGAGCAAGCGUCGCCUACUGAGACGGCGCACGAAGAGGAGCGCGAGCACAGUGGGAGUGGUAGCGGUAAGAAGCUCAACGCGCGCGAGUCGUGA